AUAACGUGGUUUGUAGUCUGCCAGUAAACCCAAAGAAGACGAAGAAGAAACGACCAUAGACUUGGUGUGAACGCUAGGGCUAAAAAUGUCAGCCUCCUGUGGCAGUAAUAUCAGUCCUGAGAAUUCUGGUCUUGGGGAAAUGCAGUACGGUGGUAAAGAUAAAGCAGAUGAUCUGGAUUGUGACCCAGACAGACUUCUUCUGUGUCCAUUUGACAAGAACCACCAGAUCCGUGCUUGUCGCAUCCCCUACCAUCUGAUAAAGUGCCGAAAGAAUCAUCAAAAACUUGCCAAUAAACUGAAGACUUGCCCAUUUAAUGCUUGCCACCUGGUGCCAGAGCAUGAGCUGGCACACCAUAUUGUCACCUGUUCGAACAGGAGAUCUAUCAGUGAUGAAGGUUGUGGGGGAAACAGGCUUAAAUGGCGAGUCCCAAUCAGUACUUGGACAAGUCCUUGCACUGAGGAAGACUGGGAUAAAGAGACUGAUGUUGCUGCUGCUGCUGCUCCUUUUGUGUGGGGCGUAUCCAAUGCCCUGGUUCAAAAAAUGGAGGCAAACGCCACCAACGACCUCACUCCUACUUUUGACUGA